CACCUUGAGAUCUGCUCUCUUCAUUUUGCAGAUGGGAAACUGACUCGGGUGGGCGGGCUCUCCUUGCCGGUCCAGGCCCCCGCCAUGGUCUCUCCUUCUCCAGCUGGGCCUGGGUCCCCACUACCAGGCCUCGGGCUGGACCCCUCAGCUCCCAGGCCUGAGGGACCCAAAUGAGGGGCUGACACUCCGCCACUGCAUCCGGUUCAUUAAGGGACUUACAGGAUGGACCCCUUCGAGGACACCCUGGGGCGGCUGCGGGAGGCCUUCCGCUCGGGGCGGACGCGGCCAGCGGAGUUCCGAGCUGCCCAGCUCCGGGGCCUGGCCCGCUUCCUACAGGACAACAAGAAGCUUCUGCAGGAGGCGCUGGCGCAGGACCUACGCAAGUCGGCCUCUGAGUCUGAGGUGUCUGAGAUCAGCACCAGCCAGAGCGAGAUCGACUUGGCCCUCAGGAACCUGCGGGCCUGGAUGAAGGACGAGAAAGUAUCCAAGAAACUGGCCGUGCAGCUGAGCUCCGCCUUCAUCCGGAAGGAGCCCUUCGGCCUGGUGCUCAUCAUCGCCCCCUGGAACUACCCCGUGAACCUGACCCUGGUGCCUCUGGUGGGCGCCCUGGCCGCAGGGAACUGCGUGGUGCUGAAGCCCUCGGAGAUCAGCAAGAACACCGAGAAGGUCCUGGUGGAGGUGCUGCCCCGAUACCUGGACCAGAGCUGCUUUGCCGUGGUGCUGGGCGGGCCCGAGGAGACGGGGCAGCUGCUGGAACACAAGUUCGACUACAUCUUCUUCACGGGGAGCCCUCGAGUCGGCAAGAUUGUCAUGGCCGCAGCCGCCAAGCACCUGACGCCCGUCACACUGGAGCUGGGGGGCAAGAACCCCUGCUACGUGGACGACAACUGCGACCCCCAGACCGUGGCCAACCGCGUGGCCAUGUUCCGCUACUUCAACGCUGGCCAGACCUGCGUGGCCCCCGACUACGUCCUCUGCAGUCCCGAAAUGCAGGCGCGGCUGGUGCCCGCUCUGCAGAGCGCCAUCACCCGUUUCUAUGGUGAAGACCCCAGGAGCUCCCCAGACCUGGGCCGCGUCAUCAAUGAGAAGCAUUUCCAGCGGCUGCAGGGCCUGCUGCGCUGUGGCCGCGUGGCCAUCGGGGGCCAGAGUGAGGAGAGUGAGCGCUACAUCGCCCCCACGGUGCUGGUGGACGUGCAGGAGACGGAGCCGGUGAUGCAGGAGGAGAUCUUCGGGCCCAUCCUGCCCAUCGUGAACGUGAGGAGCCUGGACGAGGCCAUAGACUUCAUCAACCGCCGGGAGAAGCCCCUGGCCCUGUACGCCUUCUCCAAGAGCAGCCAGGUGGUCAAGCAGGUGCUGGCCCGGACCAGCAGCGGGGGCUACUGUGGGAACGAUGGCUUCAUGCACCUGAUCCUCCACAGCCUGCCUUUCGGAGGAGUGGGUGGCAGCGGCAUGGGCAACUACCACGGCAAGUUCUCCUUCGACACCUUUUCCCACCACCGUGCCUGCCUGCUGUGCCCCUCUGGGAUGGAGAAGAUUUACUCCAUCCGCUACCCACCCUACUCGCCACGCAACCUGAGGAUACUGCUGAUGUCCAUGGAGACCCGCAGCUGCACCCUGCUCUGAUCCUGCCUCAGGCACUAUGGCACCAAGUGCCCCUCCUGGCUCAUGUCUGAGUCCUCUGCUGUCACCCGUGGCUGGUGGAGAUGUGGCCUAGGAUCCAGGGCACAAGGAGGAAAACACCUGCCAAGGCCAUAGCCCAGCCCAGUGCUUGCCCUCCUCCCUCCCAGGGCUCCCUCUUCUGGCCCUCAGCCUCCUCCCUCAGCACCCCCGCCCCCCAACUAAGAUGGGCUAAAGUGAGGGAUCAUUGGAAACCUCCACGCUGGCCUCCCAUGUCCUGGGAGAGGGCAGACAUGGGCACUGCCGAGCCACCCGCUUCCUGUGCAGAAGGGUGCAGAUUUCCGGUCCAGGCCACAUCGUGGACUUUUUAAAAAAAUCCUCAACCAAGGAUAUUUCUUCAUUUAUCAUCAGACACGGUGAGAGAGAGAGAGAGAAACACCGACGUGAGAGAGACACAUCACC